AUGCUACGAAUUUUCGAAACAGUUCAAGAAUUAUGCGAAGCAUUAGAAUUAACAACUGGUUCGGUUUAUUUGCUUCCAAUUCAUUACUGUAUUCGUCAUGAAGUAUUAAAUAUAUUCCCUGAGGCAAAAUGUGUUGUAUUUGCUUAUCCUGAGCAAUCACCACGAUUCUGGAUGGUUAUUCGACGCAAUAUGUAUACAAGGCCACAUGUAUUCAUGGCAACACGUUCGCAAUUAAUGAUCACCGAUCAUGAAAUCGACACAUUCCUUAUAAAAAUUCGACCGUAUCUACUGGAAUUAUCCGAUUUCUAUGCACGUAUAUUGGGUUUACGACUCAGCAAUCGUAUGACAUCGAUUCUUGCUGGACAAUUCGAUUUUUCAUCACAAAAUUACCUUGCAAAUUAUUUUAUCAUUGAAGAAUCUAAACAGAGGCAAAUUGCAAAAAUUGAAGUGGUUUUACCGGAGGGAUAUGAAUUUGCCGAUCUAGAUCCUGAGAGAGAUUCAGAAUUCGUUACUGCUUGCUGGAAAUUUUCAACGUCUGGUGAUCGCGAACAGUUCGCUGCAAAAAUUCGUCGUCUUCCAUCAGUUGGUAUCAAAGCAAAUGAUGGCAGUUGGGCAUCUUUUACAGUUCUUGAUGCUGCCGGAUAUUUCAAUAACCAAUAUACUUAUGAAAAGCAUCGACAAAAAGGAUUGGCGAAUAUGAGUGAAAUUAAACUUUGCCAAAAGGUUCUUAAUUUUGGUUUAUGUCCACUAAAAUUCGUUGAGCAUGAAAAUGUGAUUGUAUCAGCGCGAUCAGCAAGAUCGCCCUGGUGGUCAACAGUUGUCGAUGAAGCUGGUAUACCCGUCGUUCAUGAUCAUAGGUUGGUCCGUCAACGAUCCGAACUCCCCAUUGAAGAAUAUUAA